AAAACACAGCAGUCUUUGCCGAAAGAACUGAGAACCCCUUUUUAAAAAAACUUAUUUCCUGUUUACAUUUCUUUUGAUAUAGAAAUUUGAAACUCAAAGACUGGAUUGUAAAAGACUACAACCAAAAAAUAACUAGGCCUACACUAAAAUAACAUUGUCACUUCUGUCAAACACUAGUCUUAUAAUAAGCACUUCAUUAACACUCACGGUGGAAGUGAAAGACCUUACUUGAGAAAGGGAAGUAGUGUGAGUUGUGAUGUUUAUCCCUUCAUGAAGAUGUCACUUACUUCGGUGCUUAGAAUGAGACUGCAUUUUGAUCCUAUCGAGCAGUACUGUUUAAUUUGAUUCGCAUGACAUCUUUCAUCUUCUUCCAGGGACCAUAAUAUGCAGUAAAUAUGGAAGACAGACCCAAACUGACACAAGAUAGUUCAGCUGGUGUUGCUAGGGAUACAGAAUCACACCUUCAGCCCACCAGAACACAAGCAUGGAACAGUACAACACCUAAAUGGACUAAUGGCCAGUGUGUGUUGGCUGUUCCCAGUUCCUCUGUGUUCAGCCCAAGGUUUGACCUUCCACUCUGUCAGGGUCUUCUGGAGCAAGCGGGCUUUAAGAUCCCUACACAAGACUUUGAGGCUCCUCUUCAGAUAGCUUUCGGCAAACCAUCUGUUCGCAGAUUCCUCUUUUUCAACUCCAACCUCUUCAACUUCAUCCUAGGCCCAGUGCUGUAUGUAGCGCUAUGGUGUGCGUUGUACUCUUCUGUGCAUCAUUACAUGGGGGAGGCCAUCACAGAUAUUUGGGUUCUCUGUCUCUGUGUCAGCCUGGUGUCCAUCAUCUUCAGCACAGUGAUUCUCCUUAUACUCCACCACAGCAGCAAAGAGAUCAACAUCAACACAGACACCCGGCUGAUCCAGGUGAACGAGAGGCUGAUUAGACACUCUCUGCUAAUAGGAGUGGCAGACUGGGUACAGCACUGUACAGGAACACUGCAGCUCUUCUGUGUCUACUGGGACUUGACACCGUGUUUGGCUGGCCUCACUCAAACUCUUGAGGACAGUUUAGUCAGGAAUGAGCUGCAGAAAAAGCUAAAGAAAAGAAUGUCUAAGCUGACGUUGGUGACAGAGGUCAUACACUAUGACAAUGAUGCAAUAUCACUGGACCGUGAUGUUCCUGAAGAGGAGCGUCCAUUGUUGGAGGAGAAUGAAGACAGAGAUGACAGUACCCCCUUUAAUCAGCGGGAGGAGACAAAACUCACCAAAAACCUCAGCCUUGUGCCAGACCCUACCAUACCGGCACAGGCUAUCGCCCGGCAGCUCUUACUGACCUAUAGUUCCGUGUACAUCAAACUGUUGGUAUCUGACAGACUCCCCAGUGCCGCACAAGGACUAAAUCAUGGAAGAGGUCACUGUACAACUGCUUCUCUGUGUCUUUGCCAGUACGUCAGUCUGAAAGUCUUACAUUAGAAGGACAUUUCAGCCUCAUUUAUAGGCACACAUUAUAUAUGUUCCAAUAGUACUUUAUUGGCUCAACAGAUAGAUAAAUAGAGUUUAUAUUUAUUUGUAACAGGCCAUCAUCAGUUGUGGUCAGUGAUCCACUAUGUAGUGUUAAGACUAGGCAUGAAUGUCUCAUAAAGUAUUAGAAAUGAUUUUACUUGACAAUGUGAAGGUACUGAUUAUGUAUAAUGUGAUUUAAUGUCAUGAUUAAGUUAAACUUUUCUUUAAAAACACAUAUAAUUUGGCAGUUGCUUGUAUGCCAAAGAUGCAUGGAUUUAUGUGAAUGACAAAAAUGGACAGUUUUUAGUUGACAGAAAUAAACGAUGACUUACUGA